CAAAGAAGUAAACAAAUCCUGCGAAUCCUCAAAUAAACCUUAAAAUCCUCAUAAAAUACUAUGUCAGAUAGAAAAUUUCGGGAAAAUAAAGAAAAUAUGAAAAGAAAGGCACGAACAAGAGUUGCUCCUUUCAGAAAUCGAAAUGAAUUCAUAUCAACAAUGGAGAAAGUCUACAGCGAAGAUAUAGAAGAACGAAAAGAAGGAUUAGAAAUGUUGCAAAUUUGGAAGAUUCGUCGAGGAGCGGAAACUUCUGCGAGUAUUCUAAGCACAGCGGCAAUUCUUGAAGUUCAAUUACGCGACGAAUCAGGAAGUGUUUCAUCCCAAUCGGAUCUGCAAUCGAUGUAUUCGGGGGCUUUUACACGUUUUCUUAACUAUGUGUCGUCAAUUGAGCAACGACAACGCAAACGAACAAUGUAUUCCAUUGCAAAUCAGUUAGGAAUUGAAUCAUUUCUCGUGGAUUUACGACAUUUGUGUUCACAUGGCAAAGAUAGUCCUUCACUCGAUGUGUUUCGACGAUCAGCUGCUUAUUGCAUGAAAUGGCUAAAAGACUUUUAUUGGGAACGAGAGAUGAAAUUUAUACAAGAUGUUGAUGUAACAUCCGUAAAAGUUCACAAUACUAUUCGUUUUGAGCGUAAUAUACGGAGACUUUUGUUGAUAUAUGAUGCCGUUACUGAAGCUCUUCAUAAUAAUUGCGAAACACACAAAGAAUUGUACACAAUCGUUACAGAUGUUGAGCGAAGAGACGUCAUGCGAGAAUAUAUUGCACAACUGAACGAAUCAAAUGUUCAAAAAAUCUUCAAGUGUGUCGUUUCAGAUCUUUUUAUGGCAGCAAAAUCAAGAAUAGUGAAAGAAAGUGCAUACAUUUUCAGUGAACAGCUAUUACGUUGCCCGUAUUUCAUCAAAGCUGUAUCCUCAAAAGAUACUCGAAGAUCUCCGUUGCUCAAAUUACAUGAAAAACUUUUUUUGGAAAUGCAAUUAACGGGAAUCAUAUCAACAUUUUUCUAUAAAUGCGUUUAUGUCGGUGAAGAUCCGCAUGAAAAUGAGGCUGUGAGAUUAGCUGCAGUUUAUUGGGCUGACAAGAUCCUCGAAGGAUUGGAUUUACUGCAAAAAAGCACUAUUAACAUCCGUCUUGAUCGAUAUAGCUCCAAACAAGAUUUGCUUAAAGCUGACAAUAAAGCGUAUACGGAAUUAGUCAAGUUUCAUAAGGAUAAAGGAAUCGAUGUAGAAAACACUUUGAUAUUGAAAAAUUGGAUGUUGAAUCCCAUAGAAAUUACAAUAGAUGAAGAAUUUCUUCAACGUCGCAUCAAAAAUCUUUAUGAGGUAACAGGAAAGUUAGUUAAACGAAUUAUUCUGAUGUUAGAUCUUCAAGAUGAAAAGUACAAAAAAAUUAUGGAGUUAAUUUCCGUCGUCGAAAUUAAAGGCAAUAAUAGUAAACACGACUUACAAACAGAUAAAAUUUAUUCUGUGGAAAAGGAUUUGUUACCAUUAAUUUCAAACGAAAACAAAAAUCGUUUGGAACAGAAAAAAUGUGUCGGGAUUUUUAAAGAAGCAACAAGAGACAUUGAUUGGAAAGUUAUUCCAAUUGGCACGAUUUUCGAAGGAACAAGUGUUACAAAAGAAAAUUCUACUGAAUAAAGUUAUUCAAAUUUGUAAAUGUAUUUGUUUCAAUUUCCGAAUGCACGAACGGUAUCCUUCUUACCAACACGCACACAAUGAUUUUUCGGCUGAAAACUAUGUUUGUAUGUGAGCUAAGGCAUUCAAAACACACAGAAUGGCAGGAAUAAGAGCGCAUGUUAAAUAAGAGUUCAAUGUUUUGUUCGUUUCUGUAUGAUAGCAUUGUUCUGUACAGUAUAUCCUUUUUAAGGAGAGAAUAUUCCUUCAUCAUAGCGGAUGUUCACGUAUGAGAGCGACGAAAUAAAAAUUGCAUCCUUACGCAAAAUAUUUUCAGGAGAAAAAUAAAACGAAUUGUGCAAGCAACGCAGGAUCUAUUGAAAAAUUUUGCCGUUUUUUUGUACUAUUUUCGAUGUGAAAGGGUUAAAAAUUGAUCAGAAUAAUCUUGAAAGCUCAUAGGAAUGCAUAAAUGGAAGGUGCCAUAAAAGGGGUAACAUGACACGAGCGCAUUAAAAUCUAUGAAUAAAAUUAUAAUAAAAUUGUUUGUUCGGGCCAGGAUAACAUAAGCACGAUGGAGGAUAUGUGCGAUACAUAUAGACAGAUACACACAUACAACAGCUGCUGCAUUAUUUAUCCUUUUGGAGGAAUUCGUAUGAACAGGGAUGAAAAACACUUUUACUUUUACUUAAUGUUAAACUAUUUUAAGACUUAAUUU